UCUCGCUUUCUCGUGCGGCUGCCUUUGCAUUUGCGCAAGAUUGCCAGCGGUCUCGUCGUAACGCAAAGGACUGCACUCCGGCGACCGGCCACCCAGAUAACCCUUGCUUCACACCACUUGCCCUCCCCGCAUACCGCCCCCGACAACCGCUAUAAUGUCAAGACCCACCCAGCCACUCGCGUCCCAAAUCCUCCUCGUCCUCGCUGCCGCCCUCCUCCUCCUCACAUCACCAUCCCAAGCGCUAAAGUUCGACCUAACCGCAUCACACCAGCCAGGGACGCAGAGAUGUAUCUCGCAGAAUAUCAGGGAGAAGCAGCUGGUGGUCGUUACUGUGUCGGUGCCGCACGGGGAUCACCAGAAGGUUGAUUUGGAGGUUUUCGACGAAGGCCCCCACGCAAACAAAUACUGGCACAAACUCGACAUAACCGACGACCAAAAAUUCGCCUUCACAACGCACGACGAAGCCGACGUGCAAUUCUGCUUCACCAACACCGUCAGCCCCGGGAUCAAGGUCACGCAGGAGCUGAAACGGUCCAUCGCCCUGCACGUCGACACGGGCGCUGAGGCGCUGGAUAUGAGUGAUGAGUUGAAGAAUAAGAAACUGAAGCCGGUGGAGCUUGAGCUGAUGAGGUUGGAGGCGCUGUUGCAUGAUGUUAUUGAUCAGAUGGAGGAGUAUAAGGGGAGGGAGUCCGCUUUGAGGGAUGUUAAUGAAUCGACAAACUCGCGAGUGAAAUGGUUCAACACGUUCACAAUCAUCACCCUUGUCGCAUCGGGAGUCUGGCAGAUUGCAUAUCUGAGGAGCUACUUCCAGGCAAAGAAACUGAUCUGAUCCCUCUUGGCCUGACUGAGUGCCUGUUGUCGUCGAUCGAUAUAUAGACAUGAUUUUUAUUAUACACCAACUGCCUCAAUCUCUCACCCGCCCUGCCCACCCGCUCCAACUCGAUUUGCUCUUUGCCAGGCCGUAUGAGCCGCGAGCGGGGAACGAAAGCUGCCUGAUGAUAUCGGCAACCAUGAGACAUUCUGAAAAGCCAUCUUAGACGCCUGUACACAUAUCCAACCACACCCAAAAGUCCCACGGAACCAUCUCAUCCAAACAAACGUAUUUUCAUAUCAUUUCCAAAUUUCUAUAAGGGUAAAAGAGACACACAAGAAGAAAAGUACAAAAAGAGGUUUUGGGGGGGGGGGGGGGGUGAAAAGGGACACUGCCACAUGGGAUUCGAGUUUGACAAAACCCGAAUCCCAGAGAGAGUAGUACUUUGUGAUACAAUAAGCAGGGGUAGUGGGAAAGAGUU